ACUGUGGCCAACGAAUUGUCCAAGCAAUACAAAGAAGCCAAUGUCCUAUACUGGGCAAAUUCACUGUUAGAUCUUACCUAUGCCUUCAUUAACUGCUGUGUUGCAACCUCAUCAAACCCCCCUCCAUUUGAGAUUCCUCGUCUUCAUUUUAUUCAUGCCAGACUUGCGCUAUCCUUCCUACCUGGUCAGAUGGUCAUUGCCAAACCAGGUGCCAAACCAUGCUCGAUGUGUGCUGCAUUUCUUUUAGAGGAGCUCAUUCCAGGUGGGCAAGACACCUUCGUGAACUUCAUUCACAACAUGGACUGUGAUCCUCUCCUUGAUCCUGGUGAGGAUAGGUACAAUACAGCACUUUUUUUGGCAUUUACUCAACAUGUUCAGUAUGAGAAGACAGGGGGAUUGGUGUAUAUCUCCAACUAUCAGGGUGUGUAA